UUGUUUAUAAAAAUUACUCAGCCGAGUUUGUAAUAACAAUGUCGUCGCCGGUCGAAGAGGAGGAGUCGGCGGAAAGUGCCGCCAAACACGAUUUUAUCGAACUGAAGAGCUCGAAGGACUUGGAGUCCUGCGAGCAGCAACAACUGUUGCAGUACGUUGAAAAGCUGCACGGGAUUAUCCGGAAAUACGACACCAAACUGGCGGCCUAUAAACAAAAACUUCUUAAUUUCGUAAGUCUAGAGCAAAAGACUUCCUGCGACAAGGCCAUUCAAAUCAAUGAAACCGAGCUCCUGGAAAACCAGGAUUCCCUGGAAAAAGAUGAAGACACCGACAAAAAAGACAAGACCAGCGAUUUAUCGGCGACGGACGCAUUCAGUUUUGUGGACGAGAUGCGACAGGCGGCCAAGCACGCCGAAAACCUAAACAACUUCGUUUACGAGCCGACCUCGGGCAUGUACUACGAUCCCAAGACGGGCUACUACUAUAACGCGGAGUACGGGCUGUACUACGACGGAAACACCGGCUGCUACUACAGCUAUGACCACGCAAAGGACUCGUACGAGUUCCACUCGCAGGCGCAGGUUCAGGCGAACGAGGCGGCCAAGCCGGAAUCGGAGGACGAGCAGGUGGAGUUCGAUGAGCUGGGAGGCGUCAUCACCGACCCCGACACGCUGAAGAAGAUCAAGGCCGAGAAGCAAAAGGCCAAGGAUCGUGCUGAGAAGUCGAAGCGCAAGGCCAAGGGGAAAAAUAAGAAACACGGCAAGAAGAAACGCAAGAAGGAGCGCCAUCACAAGUCCAAGAAGCGGCACAGGGAUUCCGAUGACGAGCGGGAUGGGGAUGCCGAGGAGGGCGAGCUGUCGCAAAGUAGUGACUCAAGUUCCGACUCCAGCGACGACGAGGAGAGCAGCGGCAUUAGCGACACGGAGGACAGCAGUGUUCCGAUCUUUAAGGCUGCCGGGCGCUUUCAAGAUAUUGCCAAGAAGUAUCCACCAUCGCUGCGCAUUAUUGUCCAGGAGACUAAUCUGGAGACCUUGAAGGUUGGAAGCCUGCAUCUGAUCACAUACAAAGGUGGAUCCUUGGGUCGCGAGGGCUCCCACGAUGUCAUCAUUCCGGACGUGAACGUCAGCAAGGGCCACUUGAAGUUUAACUACGAAGCCAAGUUGGGACUCUACAAGUGCCUUGAUCUGGGCUCCCGCAAUGGCACCAUUCUGAAUGGCUCCCCAAUGUCCAGCGAAGCCAUGGAUUUGGUUCACGGUAGUGUCAUCACCUUGGGACAGACGAAACUCCUGUGUCACGUGCACGAGGGCAACAGUACCUGUGGCCUGUGUGAGCCGGGUCUGUUGAUAGAGACGCCUGCGCCUGUGGUGACCACUGGAAACGCAUCUACCGCAACCGUAUUAUCCCACAAGGAGCAGCUAAAAAAGCUGCAGCGCAAAUAUGGCCUGGAAAAUGAGAAAUUUGUUGAGUCUGGUGCCAAUGGUCAGUCCAAUUACAAUGAUCGCGCCGCCACAAGACGGGUCAAGGUGGGCAGCAGUACCGAUAAAGAAAAGACUGAGAUCGCUUGUGUGAACACUGAGAUUGGCAGCUCCAACAAGGGCUUCAAAAUGCUCAGCAAACUGGGCUGGCAAAAGGGCGACACUCUGGGCAAGACCAACUCCAGUGCUGGACUUCUGACGCCGAUCAAUGUGGUGGGCAAUGAAGGCACUAGCGGUCUAGGGAACACUGACCCAGUUACCUCCAGCUCUAGACCUGUGGACAAACGAAAGUUGGCCAACUUAAAGAUCACACAGGCUCGAUAUCAGCGCGCUAGCGAUAUCUUUGUCCAGUCGGAUGAUAGUGAUUAGAAAG